GCCGACCUGCCUCAAGCCCAACACUUACUCUCCGGGUCUCCCGCCGAACAGCCGACACAGACACAGAAUCCCGAGCGCGCCGCCUCCUGAUUGGCUGUCAGAGCUCGCUUCUUGUCUCGCGUUUUGUGAAUGGACCAAUUGGAUUACUCACAGUUUAGAGACCAGCAUGGCUGGAGUGGUGGCGCAGCUCUUUUCGUCGAAGCUGUGCUGAUCAAUGACUUUGAUCAAAGCAGAGAAAUUUGAAACACGUUUGCAGAUGAUACACAACUUCCAAGCCAAGUGCUUCAGCUCAAGUGCUACAGCUACAGCAAUUUGAAGACUGGAGAAUCCAAAAGUUACUCAAGGAGAUGGAGAAAAACCUUUAUUGUUGGCUGGCUCAGAGGAGUUUGCCCACUCAAAAUUCUGAGCACUGAAGAGAAAUGGAAGCAGCCUUAUAUAGAGUUGGGCCUAUGUGCUGGCAUUCCAUAUUGGGAGAAGGAGAUAUUUAUACACGAAAAAAUGCCUCUGUUUAGUAAAUCACACAGAAAUCCAGCAGAAACUGUGAAAAUUCUGAAAGACAACAUGGCCAUUUUGGAAAAGCAAGACAAAAAGACAGACAAGGCUUCAGAAGAAGUGUCAAAAUCACUGCAAGCAAUCAAAGAAAUUCUGUGCGGCACAAAUGACAAGGAACCCCCAAUGGAGACAGUGGCACAGCUAGCACAAGAACUCUACAACAGUGGGCUGCUGGUGACACUGAUAGCCAACCUACAGCUGAUAGACUUUGAGGGAAAAAAAGAUGUAACCCAGAUAUUUAACAACAUCCUGAGAAGACAGAUAGGCACUCGGAGCCCUACUGUGGAGUAUAUUAGUGCUCAUCCUCACAUCCUAUUUAUGCUCCUCAAAGGAUAUGAAGCCCCACAGAUUGCCUUACGUUGUGGGAUUAUGCUGAGAGAAUGCAUUCGACAUGAACCACUUGCCAAAAUCAUCCUCUUUUCUAAUCAAUUCAGAGAUUUCUUCAAGUAUGUGGAAUUGUCAACAUUUGAUAUUGCUUCAGAUGCCUUUGCUACUUUUAAGUCAGCUGGGUCAUUUGCUUGUGAGCGGAAACAUCAUGGCGGGAAGUAUGUUGGAACCAAGCUGUUCACCUCAUUGCUGCUGGAGGCAGAGAGAGAGAGAGAACAGAGGGAUUUGUUAACCAGACAUAAAGUGUUGGUAGCAGACUUCUUAGAACAAAAUUAUGACACUAUUUUUGAAGACUAUGAGAAAUUGCUUCAGUCUGAGAAUUAUGUGACUAAGAGACAAUCUUUAAAGCUGCUAGGUGAACUGAUCCUGGAUCGCCACAACUUUGCCAUUAUGACCAAGUACAUCAGCAAGCCAGAGAACCUGAAGCUAAUGAUGAACCUCCUUCGAGAUAAGAGUCCCAACAUCCAGUUUGAAGCCUUUCAUGUCUUUAAGGUGUUUGUGGCCAGUCCUCACAAAACGCAGCCCAUUGUGGAAAUUCUGUUAAAAAAUCAACCCAAACUCAUUGAGUUUCUGAGCAGCUUCCAAAAGGAUAGGACAGAUGAUGAACAGUUCACUGAUGAGAAGAACUACUUGAUUAAACAGAUUCGAGACUUGAAGAAAACAGCCCCUUGAAGAUGUCACCGCAAUGCCACAGUCCUUUGUUCUUCCCUGCUCAGUUUGUACAAUGUCGUUUCAAAAUGUCACUGUUCUUGCAAAGUCUCUGAAGGUGCCUGUUUUUUUCUCAAUUAAUUGUUCAGGGUAGAUGGAAUAUAAACAUUUGAAUGGAAAAAAUUAACCUAAAAUAAUAAUAUAUUCAUUUUAAUCAAGUUUGUGAUUAUUUAUGUGAAAUCAGAGCCAUUGUAUUAGAUGUUGAUAAAAGCAGUUUUAACUUGCAGAGAUGAGCUCUUGGCCACCAAGUAGGAGGAGCUCAAAUGCACCUCUGAGACCUUGGGAGGCCCCAGGGUGGAGCUGAUUUUGCCCAUCUUUACUUUGUCAGAGUCUUUAAGGCACUGAAAGAUCAGAGAAGAUAAGGUCAGUGUCAGUCUGUGCAUCCUUUUCCUCCCAGUCUAGUGUCCUCAGACUGUAAUUAAUGAUUCCUAACUUCCUUCUGCUCACUGUGGCACAUCCCAUCCCAUCCCUGACCCAGGCACAUGCCUGUCCACUGCAGUGGAGGCAACUGAGUAGGACCAAGAUGGCUUGGCAAGGACCAUGGGGACACAGUGGACCCAUAGGGUGUGACUUGCUCUCGGGAGAACUGCAAACAAAUGGUUCCGAGAGUCACUGCUGUUCCAUGUCAGCUUCUACAGAGUCAGUAAUGUCAGGAUAUUUUAUUCCUGUCAAUAUAGGAAGAAUGCUUUGUGAAGACAGUGUUUUUAGAGUGGGAAUCAUUACAUUGGGAUUGCACUAGGUACAAAUCAUGGGUCCAGAGAGUUACAGUAUUAUCACCUUUCUAUCAAUGGGUGAUAAUGCCCAUGGAAAGAGACAUUAUUCAUGCAUGAAAAACUUCUCAGGUGACUAAACAUUUUUUUCCAGUUUGCUUUCUAAUAAGCUUUCAUUCUGUAACUUCCCAUCAAAGUCUUUAGUGAUAAGGUAAAAAACCUAAAAAUUUUGGUCCCAAAUACUCUCUGGAAUACUAUAAUAAUUAAGGAGUUUAUCUGUGUUUCUUUAAAAGACAUGGGAACAAAAAAAUACAUUUUAAAAAGGUCACAGUUCGUUUUCAGGCACCAAGUAUAUAAAAUAUUUAAAGCUAUAAGACAUUAAAAUUAGAAUUGCUAAUCUGUACUUUUAUAAUUCUAUUACUAAACUAUAAGUUUUGACUUCCAUUAAAACCCUCAGUUUUUAUACUGUGCUGUAAUUAUUUUUUCUUCAGCUUGUAUUCUUUUUCUUCUGUAUUUCUGCUGUAUUCUUUUUCUUCAACCAGCUAUUUCUCUGCCCAGAGAAGUAGAAAGAAAUGUGUUCUCCAGGAUCAGUGCCCCUUGUAGAUACUGUACCUGAAGAACUACCUGGAGGGACAUCUCCCUAUGCACCUGGGACUCAGGUGUUGCCUCUGUGCCCUGCAUGGAGCUCUGAGGCAGAUGGUGCGGACUUCUUCACCUUCUGGGAGCAGCACUGGCCAGGGGCAGCAAGGAGGGUCAGGGCAGCCCCUGAUGACCUGUGUUCUUAGUCUCUGGAGUUAUAUUGUUUUUAUAACAUUCCCUGACAGUCCAGGGUCCCUUAGAAUUCAUCUUUUCUGGGUUUGCCUAUUUGAUUGAGAUGAGUGUAAAUAUUUUUAAAUGAAGAUGAAAUAAUGAAAGUAUACUUGGUUGCUUAAUACUGUUCCAUAAUAUCAUGGGACACAUGUUUUCUGUUAGAAAGUAAGGCCUUGUUAUCAUUCUUUUCUGAUAAACAUAUUACUUCCUGUGGGCUUGAAUUAGCUCUUUCUUAGCAUUUCCUUAUUCUAGCUCUAUACUUAUUAUGUUUGAAAAUUAUAGUCUCUGACCCAAUAAAUGAAGUAGCUGGGCUUUUGAUGUGAUAUCAGUUUGUAGAUUAAAUCAAAAGGGGGGAACAGGAAGCUCACAGUCAAAAUAUGUUUGCACAAAGAUCACUGUAUAUAGUGUGAGAAUUGAAUUUUGAAAAGGUCAUACUUAAUAAACUAUUCCAAAAGCACACAUUUAAAUAAGACUGACUAAAUAAAAAGGUACCACAUA